AUGCAGCAUCCCAGUAUUUUUGGAUCAUACAGACUCUGUAGCUCCCAAAUCUUUAUAUUGGAUGUGCUUGAACUUUUUGGCUUAGUAUCUAAAAUCUGCCUUACACAGAUGGUGUUUACAUGUGUUUCUCUGUGUUGGGAAAUGAGUGUUCUACCUUGUGUCACUGGACUCAGGACCUACUGCAGCUCUGUGAUUGCUGAUCCAUGCUUGACUGCCUCAAGGGGUCCUGGCAAGAUGGCAUUUUCCAGACUUCUCAUCCUUCUAGCAUUGGCAUUUUCCUCUUUGUCCUUUGUUCUUUCCCAUUCAAACAGGGAGAUGUGGUUUCAGGAUUUCUUUCCACCUAACAUGUGCCCUAUAAAUGCCAAAGCCAACACUUUUUAUGGCAUAAUGUUUGAUGCAGGAAGCACUGGAACCCGGAUUCACAUUUACACCUUUGUGCAGAAGAGCCCAGAAAACCUUCCAGAGUUGGAAGGGGAAAUCUUUGAGUCUGUGAAGCCAGGACUUUCUGCAUAUGCUGAUCAGCCUGAAAAGGGUGCUGAAACUGUCAAAAGAUUGCUGGACAUGGCCAUAGAUGCUGUGCCACCUCAUCUCUGGGAGAAGACCCCGGUAGUGUUAAAAGCCACAGCUGGACUGCGCUUGCUGUCAGAGGAGAAAGCUCAGGCUCUGCUUUUAGAGGUGAGAGAAGUCUUUGAGGAAUCACCAUUUCUUGUUCCAGAGGACAGUGUUAGCAUCAUGGACGGGUCUUAUGAAGGAAUUUUAGCCUGGAUCACUGUGAACUUUUUGACAGGGCAGCUGUCUGGCCAGAACCAGCAUACUGUUGGGACUCUGGACUUGGGAGGGGCCUCAACCCAAAUCACAUUCCUGCCACGAUUUGAGGAAACUUUGAAGGAAACACCUGGGGAUUUUCUUACCUCAUUUGAAAUGUUUAAUAGCACCUACAAGCUCUAUACCCACAGCUAUUUGGGGUUUGGACUAAAAGCUGCCAGACUAGCAACACUUGGAGCUUUGGAUAUGGAAGCUGUAGAUGGACAAAUGUUCCGCAGUUCUUGUUUGCCAAAGCAACUGGAGGCAGAGUGGCACUUCGGGGGAGUGAAAUACCGGUAUGGUGGCAACAAAGAAGGAGAAACAGGAUUCAAGCCUUGCUACUUGGAAGUACUCAAGGUUGUCAAAGGGAAACUGCACCAACCAGAUGAGAUUCGUGGAAGUUCCUUCUAUGCUUUCUCCUAUUACUAUGAUCGUGCAGUUGACACCAACCUAAUUGAUUAUGAACAGGGAGGUGUUCUGGAAGUGAAAGAUUUUGAAAGAAAAGCCAAAGAAGUCUGUGAUAACAUGGAGAGGUACAAGUCAGCCAGUCCUUUCCUCUGCAUGGAUCUCACUUACAUCACUGCUUUACUAAAGGAAGGUUUUGGAUUUAGGGACAACACACUCUUACAGCUAACAAAGAAAGUGAACAACAUAGAGACAAGCUGGACUUUGGGUGCUACCUUUCACCUACUGCAGUCUCUGGGGAUAACCUAUUGAGCUGCGACAUUCCUGUGGACUUCAGCAUUUCUGAAAGGCUGAGAAAGCAAACUGAAAUCUCCAGGUACGUUGUUCACCUGGAGUUGGUCACAGAGCAGAACACGGACCAAAGCUAUAGAACAGAUCUUCACCCUGGAUUGGCAUCGUGCAUAAUGAGAGUUGCCACGGGACGCUUUAUAACUGUGAUUGCCAUAAAUGAUCCAGAAGCUGCCUUCUGAAAGUCAAAAGGCCUAAACUCCAGCAGAGUAUCCGCAAGGGGCUCAAAGCCAGCUUUCACCAGCACGUUCGUAGAACAUCCCAUUGCUAGAAGCACAGAAUACCUGGCAUGUGGUAGCAGACUACAGAUACGUGAUUUCCCCUCCCCCUUUUAUUUUAAACA